AUGAAAUUAUGUACUAAUGUUUCAAAUAAAGUUUGGUUUAAAAAUAAAGAUUUUAUUCAACCAUAUAUAGGAAAUAUAUUAUAUCUUACUAAAAUUACCUAUUCAAAUAGAAAUGUUGAAAAUGAAAUAUUUCAAUUUAAUCGUUUGGGAGCAAUGUUACGUGAUAUAAAGUUUCUUAUUUUGAUUGACAAAGAAUUUGAUCAAAAUUAUCUUACUACUUUGAAAAAUAGAUAUACUUAUGUAUCUAUAAUUCAAGAUGAUGGUGGGCAAUUUGAUCCAUAUUAUUAUUUAAAUGCUAGUGAUGAUGAAAAAUUGUUAUUUGAUAGAUGUGGUAGACUUGCUAUGGUAAGAAAAAAACAACCAAUUAAUGAUCAAAGUUUUAUGGAAGAAUAUAAUAUUUUAAAUAGAGCAGUAAAUUAUGCUUAUUGUGGAUGGUGCAAAUAUGAUACUUCAAAAAAUCAAAAAAAUAAUAUAAAUAAUUAUAAUACCUAUCAACAACAAGGAAGAAAUUUUAUUAAAGAUGGCAGUUAUACUAAUGUUGAACCAAAAAAUACUAACAUUGAUUCACAAUACGCAAAAACAAAUACUAAAUAUGAUAAUUUCCCAAAUGAUGUUAAUGAUAAAAAAAUAACACUAAAUCCAACUAUAAAAGCAAUUAAUAAUAAUAAAAAAUUUAAUCCAACAAUUAAUAAAAAUCCAAAUAAUAUUGAAAAUUUAUUUUAUGGAACAGUCAAACCAUAUGAAGUUAAUUAUAUUUCAAAUAAAAAAAUGGAAAAAAAUGUAAAUGAUAAAAAAAGUUUUAAUGAUUUUAAUAUUAAUACGGGAAAUAAAAAUUAUCCUGAUGUUGUUUCAUUGUAUCCAGAUACAUCUGAUCAAGUAUCUAUAGAAGAUUAUGAAUAUCUUGAUAUUGCUGAUAUCCCUUUAACAACAGAAUCAACAAGAAAUCAAAUACCGCAACCAACACCAACAAAUAUUCAAUUAUGGCCAACAUAUAACUCAGGACAAUUUGAUUAUCAGAUAAAUAUGCCAUGUGCAGGAUUUACAGAUGAAAUAUGUUUCCAUCAAAAAGCCAAUAUGCCUUUAAAUAAAGUUCAUCGUUGUUGUCAUGAACGUAUACUUUUAACAGAUUUAUGUGUACCAGGAAAAUGUUCAAAUGUUACUAUACAAUUAUGUUGUAUACAAAAAUUUUUACAAUCAAAACAUAAAUGUUGUAAUGAUGAGGAACAAUCAAGAAGUCACUCACCAACAGACUCAUUUAAUAGAUGUUGUUUUGAAAAUUUUAUUAGUGGUGAUGAUGAUUGUUGUCCAAGUGGACAUGCUGAAAAUCAAUGGAGAGAUAUAUAUGACUUAUGUUUUCCAAAUGUUGAAUUUGAUUUAUCAAAUAUAAAAGUACCAACAUUUAUAUCAGGAAGUGUUGUUAUUAGUGAAUUUGAUUUCUCUAAAACAGAUGAAUGGAAAUUUAGUUGUCCAUAUGGUAGUCAAAGUCAACAAUGGGCUUAUUUAGAAAGUGAAAAUGGUAAUGAAAAUAAUUUGAUAACUUAA